AUCCGUAAAAAUUCUAUCGUGAGAAAGAGAACGGGCCUAGAUGUCUGGCUCUUCAGUUACGGAGACCACACUUCACAUUUACACUGGGAAUUCAAUAGUAUGACGGUUCAAGCGAAGGUGGAAGUAACUACACCUACAGCACCCACUAACCAACUAUCAGGAUUUGGGACCUCCUGCUUCUCCGUACUUGUGGUCCGCCAGAAUACAACAACAAAACACAAAUUUGAAUCGGGUUCCACUAAAACUUCUUUCACUAAGGCAUUUUCUUCAGCGGGACUCGGCACCGAAGUAUACAUGACACCACAACCAAACUCUAGAAAGACAGGAUCACAGCAGUUCGACGAGAUGUACAACUAUAUGACCAAAUCAGGCAUUAAAAUAGUGACUGUAUGGAUUCAGGUAACUUCGCCAAUUAACUGGUCAACUAGCAUCGCAGUAAACGUUAAUUUCAUUGACAGCAUUACAGCUAGACAAUAUGGUCUCAGCGUUGGCAUCUAUACCAAUUACUACGAUUGGAGUCAAAUUACAAGCGGCUUGAUUGCCGAUGGCACAAUGUUAUGGUAUUGGAACGUUUACGGGCCUGGAGUAGCUGGUGAAAGCCCACCAGAUUUCACAGAUUUUCAUUCCUUUGCUGGAUGGACUGCUCCAGUGGUCAAGCAAUUCGCCCAGGUUGAGUCCGUCUGUGGUGUGACUGUGAACAGGUAUGCGAGAACGGCGUUCUAUUUCACUUCAAAUAUUAGUAACACGAAAACUAAGCUCAUCUGA